AUGAAGCAUUUCCAUAAUACCGCCGUCUACCUUGAAAAUCACAGUGGGAUUACAAAACCUUCAAAGUCGAAGUCGCAAGACUAUCAAAAAGUGUGCAUUGAUGAUAUUGUUAUUGCCAGUGGGACUUUACAAGAGCACGUCCGGCAUUUGUCUACCAUUCUCGAAGUGCUUGAAGAACGCAAUACAUAUUUUAGUCCAGUCAAAGCAUUUAUUGGAUUUCCAUCCGUCAAUCUCCUUUGCCGGCGGGUGAAUUCGCUUGAUCUCAGCACGCCGCAAGAACGUGCGGCAACCAUUGUCGAGCUAUCUUUUCCUAGGAAGCUACAGCAGUUAGAGCACUGGCUUGGAGCCACCGGCUGGUUCUGA